AUGAGUAUUACUAAAUACCCCUUUUUUAAAUAAGUUCGAUUUUGUACUCUGAUUUCUUUGAAUUACAAUCCCUUGUAAUUAUAACUAUAUCAAAAUACAAAAUUGUCAGAUAUUAUGAAAUUGAUAUAAAUUGCCUGGCAAAAAAAUGUGACAUUUAUAAGACUAUUCAAACAAGAUGGAACUGAAAUUGAAGAAUGUGAUUUGAUUAAUAUAAAAAAAGGAACAACACUUUAUGUCGAGCUAAGUAAUGAAGAUAUUAAACUAAAUAUUAUCUAAUAACAAUAUGAUAUCAUCAAAAAGAUUGGUGAAGGUGGUUAAGGAGUAGUAUUAUUAGGAUAGCAUAAAAUUACUAAAGAAUUAGUAGCCUUAAAGAAAAUUAAUUACUAAGCUUUAUUGGGUAAAGAAAUAGAUGGAAUUUCAAAAGAAUCCAUAAUUUUAAAGGCAUUAGAUCAUAAGAAUAUAGUUAAAUUGCAUUAGAGCUUUGAAAUGUAAAAUCAAAAGGAGAUUAUAUUAAUUAUGGAAUACUUAAAUGGGGGAUCUCUAAUAAACUUAGCUAAUUGUAAUUAUUAAUUAAAUAUUUAUAAUAGCUAAAUUAACUGAAGGAGAUGCAAAACUAUAUUCUAAAUAGAUAGUAGAUGCAAUUGCUUAUUGUCAUGAAAAAAACAUUGUUCAUUGUGAUUUGAAAUUAGAAAAUAUUAUGUUAACAUCACCAAAUUCCAAACAAGUAUUAAAUUUAUAUCAAAAUUAGAUAAAAAUAAUUGACUUUGGGGUUUCAAAUUAUGCUGGAAAAUUAAAAUAAAUUGAUAGUGUUAUAGGAACUCUAUCUUAUCUCGCUCCAGAAGUUCUUUCUUCUACUUAUAAGUAUAUCUAAACAUCUUAAGAUGUAUGGGCAGUUGGAUGCAUUAUUUAUGGAUUAGUUUUUGGAAGAUUACCAUUCGAUGGUGUUAAUCCUUCUGAAACCUAUAGAAACAUAAUAUAAUGUAAUUAUAGUUAUCCAAAAAAAAAUAUUACUAAAGAUUUGAUUAAUCUUUUCAGUUAGAUUUUUAUUAAUAAUCCAAAAGAAAGGUUUAAUAUUUUUGACAUUCAAAAUCACUCUUGGUUCAAAGAGUUACCUUAAUUAAAUAAAUUAACUCUAAAUAGAAUUACCUCUCGUAAUGGUAGAUCUACAAGUGUUUCGAUUAUAAAUAAUUAAAGAAAAUCUAAAGAUGAAGAUUAAAUUUAAAUUAUUAGUCAAAGAAAGAUUGUUUUUAGUAGAAGAUCUAAUACUAGAAAUGAUAAAUCUUCCUUUUUGAAUAAAAUAAAAUGA